AGAGAGCUGAGCAGCUCUCAAGAACGUCAGUAACAUCAGGACAAACGCUUGCGCGGGAACUUCAAGCCUCUCAUACGGAGGGAUUUUGAGGCAACAUUUUGGGGAAGAGUCCACCAUGAAGCACCUUUCCAUCUCGAAAUGGCUAAGUCAGCUUGGGCUACCUCAAUACUGCAUGCUUUUUGAUGAGGAAUAUGAUGGAGUGGAGGACUUAUUGCACUUCACAGAGAUCGACCUGUUGGGUUUGGGGAUCCAGAGUCGUGUCCAUCGCAUCCACAUUCUCUCCAGUAUCCAAGUGCUCAGAGAGCGUGACACAAAGAGAGAGCUGAGGAUGAUGGCAGAAGGGAGAUUUUCCAGUCUGCCCAGGAACAUGCACAUUGGGCGGCAGUGCCCACUGGCCUCCUCUAUGGAUCUGCUGAGCUCACGGCCUGCUGUAGACGAGAUGACGGCCAGUAGCUACCAGGGCAUCUCCAUCCAUGGCACUCUGCCUCGCAGGAAGAAGAGUGGCUCUGGUGCCCACAUGAGGCAGUGGGAGAUGAAUGGAAAUAUGUCAUCAACAGCAGCAUACCCAGGCCGAUAUCGAUUGCCUCCUUCACCACUAAUACACAACAUUAUUGAAGAGCACCAGGCUUUCUGCUUAGACAGGAAUGGGAGCAUGGCAUCCAGGGACUCCGCCGGCAUGGACCCUACCAUGGAGUAUGUCAAGUUUUCAAGGGACAAGUACAUUAUGGAUGGACCACUGGAGAAGCUUCGGAGAGAACUAGAGGAGGAACUGAAACUAAGCAGUGAGGAACCACGGAGCCAUGCAUGGUACCACGGAGCCAUCCCCAGACAGGUGGCUGAAAACCUGGUUCAGCGAGAUGGUGACUUUCUGAUUCGUGAUUCACUGUCCAGCCCGGGAAACUACGUCUUGACCUGCCAGUGGAAGAACACCCCCCAGCACUUCAAAAUCAAUAAACGAGUACUAGCCAUGAACGAGGCCUAUUCACGCGUUCAGUACUUUUUCGAGAAGGAGGGAUUCGACAGCGUCCCCGCACUAGUGCGAUACUACGUGGGCAACCGCGAGCCCAUGUCUGAAGUUGUCGGCGCGAUAAUCUUUCAGCCAAUCAACAGAGCUCUGCCUCUGAGAUGCCUGGAGGAGAAGUAUGGUGUGGGAUCUAUACGUGUGGAGGCAGAGUUCUCAGAGAGGAAGAGCCUGACGUCAAAACGGUUGAGUCUGAAUAUCAUGAACGGACAUGCCCAGGACCACUCCCUCAGCCGUGGAAACCUCCUUGGCAACAAGGAUAAGUGUGGGAGUCAACCAGCAUGUCUAAACCACGUUCAGGAGAGGAGACGGCCACUAAAGACCCAUCAGUCUGAGAGCUUCCUCCCAAUCGGCUGUAGACCCAAGGCUCAGCUUCAACAAAUGGAGCACCAGCCGUGCCCUAAAUCCCCAGUAUUCCGAACAGGAAGUGAGCCAGCCCUGAGUCCCACAGUGCCACGCAGAAUGGCCUUUGACACCCAGCCCGGCGAGGCUAUCCGUGGAUCUGACAGCCAGCUGUGUCCCAAGCCACCCCCUAAACCUAGCAAGGUACCCUCCAUGAGAGCACCAUGCACCCCUGGCCUGCAGCCACUCAUCCCACCAGUACCCCCAGUAAAGCCCCAAAAACAGCGACCUUCAGCUCAGCAACAACAGCAAUCGGGUAGCCCAUCGAGUCUGGAAGUAAGCUACUGUGAACUGAGUCCAUGCAGCCCUGCUGAAUGGGAAAAGAUGAAUGGACAACAGGCAAAUGGCUAUGUGGAACGUCUAAAUACUGAGGAGGAGUUAAAAAGAACUGAUAGCAGCAUUAAGCUAGAUCGUAGUUCCUAUCAUAAUGCCAUUGAGGCCUUGGACAAUGACAGCGAUGAAAACAACGAGUGGGAUAAAGAACAAGAGCAGGAUGCCAAGAAAGUGAAAGGUUUACAAAGACCUGUGUUUGAAACUGAAUCAGCAUUUAAACCAGGGAACACAAACUUCAGGCUGUUACCUUUUGAGAACAAGCCAUUGGAAAUGACAGUAUUGAAGAAAGCCAAAGAACUUGCCGUCAGUCAAGACCCAAAGACGAUCGCAAAACACAUCCUGCAAGCAGACUGUCAGGUUGCUAGGAUGCUGAAUGUUUCCGAGGAGAUGAAAGGUCAAAUGGGUGUGAAAUCUGGGCUGGAGUUGGUGACCCUUCCUCAUGGGAAACAGUUGUGUCAAGACCUCAUGGAAAGGCAUAACACCAUGGCGAUUGCCGUUGCUGUGGAUAUACUAGGGUGUACAGGAAGUCUAGAGGAGAGAGCUGCAACCCUAAACCGUAUCAUUCUGGUCGCCCUGGAACUAAAAGACUCCAUGGGAGAUCUUUAUGCCUUUUCCUCCAUAAUGAAAGCACUGGACAUGCCUCAGAUUACCAGACUGGAUCAUACGUGGACUACCUUACGGAGGAAAUAUACACAAACAGCCAUUAUUUAUGAGAAAUCUUUAAAACCAUUUCACAAAGGACUCUAUGAAGGAAGCGCUGAAAUUCCACUGAGCAAUGCCAGCGUUCCGUUGCUUAUUCCUCUGCUCUCUCUAAUGGAGCGGCCUGCAGUUACUUUCGAAGGCAUGGAGGUCUGGGAGAACAAUGACCAAGGCUGUGAAAUCAUGUUCCGCCACCUAGAGGGAGCUCGUGCUGUUGCACGCAAUGCGGACACAUAUACAUGCAAUGCACAGCGGAUCCUAAAGGACUUCCAACCUAAUGAUGACAUGAUGGAGAUCUUGAGGACUGAUUUCCAGUUGCGUCUGCUCUGGGGCAGCAGAGGAGCGGCCGUGAACCAGACAGAGCGAUACGACAAGUUCAAACUCAUCCUCACAGCCCUCUCCAGAAAACUAGAACCUCCAGUCAAACACACAGAACUCUAAAAUAAAGAGACACCCUAUAUAUAUUUCGUUAGUAGACUUUCUGUGCAAGAAGGAACCAUGGAAAUUCCUGUAUAUAGAGCCACGUCAAAGGUCCUGAGCAGCUGAAGAUGUUCAUGUCAACACACGUGAUCAAAAUAUCCAGCUUGCAACUUGGAAGCUAUUUAUGUCUAUGGAGGAUUAGUUUCUUCCAUAUAGACUUUCCAGAGGUGUGUUGUGCUACACAUUAUGACUGGUAAAAUGGGCAGGUACCAAUUUUGCUUUAAAGUGCAUCAAAGGAGGCGUCAGAGAGAAUUCUUCAUAAAAAGGUGUCUUCAUGAGGUCAAUCACUUGACAUAGAAAAUGGAGAUCAUGAGCAAUAUAUUCUAAACAAAUAUGGAGAGCUAUGAAAAGUCAGGGCUGGAAGACAGGGAAGUAAAAAGGUCUGAGAUCUGUCUUUAGAAAUGUCAUGAAGCUCAUUGGUCAAUACAGUGUUGAUCUGUUUAAAAAUCCCAAAUGAAAAAUGGUGUACAUAAUCAUCACUAGUGUAAGCAUGUAAAGGUUCGUUUGUGAAAUAUAUUGUUAUAAGUAUUAUUGACCUGUAAAUAGUCACCCA